UCCGUGCUAGCUGUGUAAGCAAGACGGAAAAGUAGAGCCGCGCUGAAGAGACUAACACGCCACUGUUUCUUCUGUUGUCGUUUCUCAGGUGUCUGGUGUAAAUGAAUUGGAUGAGGCGGUGGUGAAUUGUUCGUUAAGUGCGGCUCACUUGAGGAGAAGUGAACUGGAGCUGCUGUGGAGUCUCUCAGUGAGGGGAGUGAGUGGACUCACGGCUUGGCCAGCUAACCGCUCAGACACUUCACACGCCUGCUGGAGUUGGAGAGGCUCAACUCGUUAGCGCAGCAGAGGAACAUGACUAAAACUGGAACCUCGGUGCUUUCGGCGACACACCGCCAUAGUCUGAAGCCCUGAGAGGAUGUCCGCGCGGAUGUUUCGCUGAAACACACCGAGAAGCAGCACGAGGAGGAAGGAAAAAGGGAGGAAGGAAAGAAGGAAGGAAGGAGGGGGAGCAGCCCUACCUGAGGGGAACCGAGCGCCGAGACUGUGGAAGUUGUCGCUACAAGCUGGAGGAGGGGGCAGACCUUUGAAUAAUGCCGGGGAACAGGGUCACCCACGACUGCGUGGCUUUGCUGAUAGGCGCCGUGGUGCUCGUGGCGGCUCAGAACGACACGGAGCCCAUCGUGCUGGAGGGAAAGUGCCUGGUGGUCUGCGACUCCAACCCGGCCACGGAGCGAAGAGGUUCCUCUUCCCCGCUCGGCAUCUCCGUGCGCGCCGCCAACUCCAAGGUCGCUUUCUCGGCCGUGAGGAGCAACAACCACGAGCCGUCGGAGAUGAGCAACAAGACCAGAAUCAUUUACUUCGACCAAGUUCUUGUCAACAUAGGAAACUAUUUCACUUUGGAGUCUGUAUUUCUGUCCCCUCGGAAAGGCAUCUACAGCUUUAACUUUCAUGUUAUUAAAGUAUACCAGAGCCAGACCAUACAGGUGAACUUGAUGCUAAAUGGGAGACCAGUCAUCUCUGCCUUUGCGGGUGACAAAGAUGUUACACGUGAGGCUGCUACCAACGGGGUUCUCCUGUACCUGGACAAGGAAGACAAGGUUUACCUGAAACUGGAGAAGGGAAAUCUGGUUGGUGGGUGGCAGUACUCCACCUUUUCUGGCUUCCUCGUCUUUCCUCUGUGAAGAAGAGGCGAGCGACUCUGCCACCUCCGCCGCAGGCCAACAACUUACCAUCAUUUUGUAACCAAUCUGUCAGCAUUAACUGGAAGUACCCGAAUGGAGGCGUUCUUCCAGACGCUCAUUAACUGUUGCCUAAAGGAGGAAAAGGGACCAUUGGAGAAUUGUGGUGGCAACUCAAUGUCCAGAAAGUAUGGGUUCCCCUUUUCACGAUGCAAACCACACAUAGGGGACUGCUGCAAGUCAUUGUUGCCUUCAUAUCUUUAGCAAAUUCAGCAGAAGCAUUUAGCAACUUUGAGUUCAGAGAUGUGGAUUUUUAUUUUAGUUUUUUACCAUGCGUGGUUCAUAGUUGCUGGUUGCGAAUGAGUUUAAUCAGUUACUCGUCUGUGGGGUCAGUGUAUGUCGUUUAUGGUUGACCGUAUGUCAGAUGUUUGAUAUGUCAGCCAAGCACUGUUUCUUUGGAAUGUUACAGGGGCACAGUGUCUCCAUGUUUGCACAGAAAAUAGAUCUCUGUUGACAAAUAAGAGGAUGAAAUUAAUUUUGCGACACAAAAAGAAAACACUUAAAGCAAUAGGGCACUUUACAAUGCAUAACUAAGCAAACCCCAAGCUCUGUAGUGUGUGUGCGUGUGUGUGUGUGCGUGCGUGUGUGCGUGCGUGUGUGCGUGUGUGUGUGUGUGUGUGUGUGUGUGUGUGUGUGUGUGUGUGUGUGUGUGUGUGUAUAAUUUGUAUAAAACUCUGGGGUAACCAACCCUGCUUCUGGAGAUAUACUAUAGUACCAUAGCACCAAUAGGAUUUCCCUUCUUCAGGAGCACCUGAAUAUUAGUAUUGGAUUAAAGGAAUGGUGAUGUGAAUAAUGCUAUUAAAUAAAGCAAUUAAUGAAAGCAAAUUGUCACCAGUUAGCAUAGCGUUGCUAAAAUAAGGCCUGUGUCUGAUAAUGGCGAACGGAGUUUGUAGUUAAAAGCCCCCAGAGAUGGUAAAAACUCAUGUUGUUCAUUUAUUGAUUUAUUUCACGCAGACCAUAUCACUAGUAUUCCUAUAUGUAAACGUAACUGAACUUUACACUUGUUGGGUGACGUGAUAUCCUACAACACUACUACGUUCACUGCACCUAGCUCAUGGGGCAUUGCGCAGAUAUCACGUCUUUAUAUGGUGUACAGUUUAGGACAUCCUAAGACUUCAAGUGUUGAGAAACCUCUUAAGUGGCCACAGACAUCACAGGCUCAGACAAAACAGCCUUCCAUGAUAAAGUUCAGAUUGGAAAAUUUUAUUAAUACUAUUGGCCAAAUUAACCCCUUCAGUGGCCCACUGGUUCAUUACACACUUCUAUAACCUAAGAAUAGCUCAACCACUGAAAUACCUGUAGUAACUAAUGAAAUACUAAACCUGGGAUUUCAAGGGGUUAAAGACAACAAUAUACACCUUUAACUUUAAUGGAACUGCGUUAUUAUUAUUUUUUUUUUGUACCAAGAUUAAGCUUCAGCUCCUGUUUACUCCUGCAUCUUCUUCAGUGUUAGGGACCGUCACAAAAUUACCAGAAAAUUAUCAUUAUUGCUGUGUAUUCAAACGCUUUAUAGAAAUCUAAAAAAAAACAAAAAAACAAAAGGUGAUGAAAGGUAAAGAAUGCACUUUUCCACAUGGUUACCUGAAUAAUUGGAUUCUGUUAUCAGCACAGACCUAAUAAAAAUAACAAGUUAGUUGACGGCAACAUUGUUUGAAGCAUUAGCAUGUGUGGUUGAGCUGAUAUCAGCCUCUGGUGGAACAUUUCCAGGAGCAGAGUUGGACACUCUUACUUUGAUUGGAGUCUGUUGAUAAUUUCUCAAGAAUCUGUGAUAUCGGUGUGUUUUGGGAGUCAUUAUCACCCUUUAAUCUUUUUCAUAUUUCAGGGACCUCGAGAUAUGAAACAAAAAAAUGACUAUUAUUUUUAAUUAUGGCAUUACACUGCCAGUAGAGCCAGGUGUAUUUAGUGUUUUCGUCUUAUGUAUUUUCACUACAGUAUCUCUGCAAAGUGCUGUACUGGAAACAAUUCUGGUGUGUGCACACAAAUUCCACAAAAAUAAUAGAAGUGAAGUGACACUAGAGUGUUCACUGAGCAUCACAAAGUGUAGACUUUAAAUAGCAACAGAAAACAGUUCCAUGAAAGCCCAUUGGCUUUCAUUAUAAGCAUGUUUGGAGGCAACUGUUUUUUGGUUUAUUUACUAAAUACAGGGAAAUGCGCUGAAUAUUAUCCCUGGUUAGCAGUCAUAUGCUGCAGAUACAACAAGCAGACAUUAAGUUGAAAAACGAAAGAAUGACAAAACAGUUAAACAACAGACUGCAUUUAAUUAAAAAUCGCUUAGUUGUUUCUCAGUAAUGAAUACUCGUUAUAUCAGUAUUCAUUUCUAGUUCCAAAGAACAGUUAAAGCUCACAUUUCUAGCCUAAAUCUUGCUUUGAUUUACAGGCUGUUGAUAAUUCAACUGGAAUCAAUGCUCCAAUUUUUCAGAUUCUGGUGAAUAAUUUUGCUCUAGCAAACAGGCAAUAGAGGAUGAUUGGAUAUAAAACAAAUAUAAACCUAAAUAAGCAUUCGCAGAAUAUAAAGGCAUUACAGACAACCACAAAGACUGUCUAUAGGCUGCAGGUGGUGUAGGGUGAGCUGUAUUAUUGGAGAAGAGUCAUCAGUAGUGGUUUUGUUUUACUAAGCAGAACUGAACAAUGUGCUCAAAUGAUUGAAUUUGCAGUGAAUUAUGAUGAGCAGUAUUGCUGAGGUGUUAAUGAACAUAUGGAAGAUAUGUGAAUAUAAGCAUUACUUCAUUCCUGGCCUCACUGUAAUCUAUACCAUGACACACAAAACAAAUCGUAAAAUUGCCCAAUGUUUUUAUAGCCAAUGAUGUUACACUGCUUAAAAAAGAUGGUUUCUCAAGCACACACAGAAAAAGUUGCUUGUCACACCUUCUCUGGUGUUCACAGCUCAGUCGUACAUCAGACAAGAUUGCUUUAUUAGUUAUGUAUUGGCGACAGCUGGGCGAUCCUGUUUAUCUGCAGCUGCUGCUUGAUUUGUAGUCUGUGAGUGCUCUGCCCAUAGCUUUCUGUGGUACUGGCCUUUCGGAUUACCUCUAGAUGAUUAUUUUGCCCUCAAAACGUAUUUAAAAACCGUGACUCGGGUUUGCUUGCGUGCAAUAUAUAUAAACGCAGAGUGUUCGAUUUUCACUGUCGUCCGUUUACAGGCACCUUUUGUUUCGAGAGAUGUUAAAAUAUUCUAAAUGUUAAAGUUCAGAGAGAAAGCGGAUGCUCAGCGAAGCACGCCAUUUCAAGAAACAAAAGCUUUUUGGCUUGGCUCAGAGUUGCACAUCUGAAGUAAAGGCCCUCUAGAUGAUGCAGCAACUUGAAUAAUGUGAGAAGAAUGUGGUGGAGGAAAAAAAAAAGCACUGUCCUCAACAUUCUUUCCCAACUUUUUUUGUCCUAAUUGCAGUGCGGGACUCUCUAGGUAAUUGGAUCACAAUGGAUAUUUUCUUAGUAUUUAUAUCAUGUGACUCAUCCUCUUGCAUUUAUUUUGUGUAAAUACUCUCUUUUAUGAAAAAGUCGCUAUUGCGUAUUGUUCCACUGUGCUUGGACAUUCAGAGUCCCUAGGUAAUAUUACGCAUAGACAAAUCACGCUAAUACUCUUGAAUGGAGAGGCGGUCAUUUAUCUGCCAGGCAUCAUAAAGAGCUGAAACUGAGUUCUUUACUCGGUCUGAUUGUAAAUGCUGUGCUGAGUGGAGCGCUUCACUUUGCUUACUGCGUAUUGAUUUGUGGUCAGCGCAAAUGGAUCAUAGAAAAGAACGAUAUUGAAGCCUCACUGUCUGUUGGCAAGCUGACAGCUGGUACUGAAUGUUAAAGAGGAGUUAAAGGUGACUCUGGCAUUAAAGGAACACUGGUAAUAAACAAAACUACAGCAAAGGUUCCUACAUGGUUCUUGGCUCGUGUGUAGGAUUCUAGGAAAAACCUUUAGUUUAUGUUGAAUCUUUACAUUAUGUAGAGGUUAUUUAAACUGUUAAAGUGUUCGUCACACUUGCACAUCUCAUCUUAGACGUCUCAAAAAAGGUUCUUCAAAGAAUCGUCCAUUGAAAGGUGCUUUAGGGGACCAAGGGCAUUUUUUUCACUUCAUACAGUAUUGGCACAAGAUGAAUGGAACUGCUUUUUCUAGUGGCCAUUGCUCCAAGUUUUAUGGUUUUUGGUAUAUGCUCAAGACUGAUACCAACAGGACCUACUGGUACUUGCGGUUGUUCUCAUUUGCGCUUGGAAACACUUGCAGCUGUAGCAUGCAGCAAUUUAGCAUAUUUGUUUCUUUUUCAGGGGAAGACAAAUUCACCAAGCACCAUUACACAACUAGUAAGUCCAUCAAAAUCUGAACUAGAAUGCUAUAUUUAUAUGAAAUAAGCUAGCUUGGAAGCCAGAAACAAUGCUAUUAGCAUUUAUAGCAGUCUCCACAGAAUGGUUUUGCACGUUUUCCACUCUUGACAGGAACAAAUGAAGCUUUGCUUGAUUCGAUACUGGAUUCUGUGUGAAGGGAGACGUGUGAGUGCAGCAAAGUGAAUUGUAUUAUUUAACGUCAGCAUAACUAUUGUUAAACCAAACUACGUAGUAAGCAACAAGGCUAAUUCGUUAGUUAGUUUAAAUGUGGACAUUUUGAGUGGGUGAGCGCAGUAUGUUGUUCAAUUUUAGUUAAGUAAGUAGCAUAAGAUGUUUUAGAGAGGUUAAUCACAGUUAUUAUGAUGGUUCCAGCUGUCUGAAGCAGGUGAACAAUGAACUAGACAUAAAUCGGUAAGUUCUGUUGGUCAGUUGUUUUUUUAAUGUGUGGUGGGAAAAUGACCCCAAAGUCUAAAGAACCUUUUCUGGCACCUUUGUUUGUGAAUUUGAAGAUAACAAUAUUCUUGUUUAUACAACCCAGCCUUUCCCCGCUCUUCUCCAAGACAGUAUGUCUUUGUCACCACCACAUGUACCCCACUAGUUCACUUCUCACUGUUCACUCACUAUUAGUUCACUGUUUUGAGGUCUGAACAUGGCAAAAUAUAUGUAUUAUAUCAGCAGUUGAAGGAAAAUCUUGGCAUUCAUGUUGUACCACCUGGAUUGUUGGUGCUUGAGCAGCCGAAAGGGACUGAGACUGUGAUGGUUCCAGCGUUUUUUGAAGAGGUGGAUUUCGAGCCAGUGGACCUGCUUGUGUAAACAGCACGGUGAAUGCAGAGGAACACGUAACUGCAGUCGUCUGGGGCGGCUUCAUCCAUGCGGCAGAUGGAAAUGUAUCGGCUCUGAAUGCAGGCUGCCACUUUUUGUCCUUUAACACUCCCCUUUUUCAUCUUUUGGAUUUUCAUCUUUCAUUGCGUUUACAAGAGAGACCACACAAGAGCCAGCAAGUGACAGAUAUUUGAUCGUGCGAGACUCUAAAAUGGUUGAAGACAAAAUAAGGACGCAUUGGGAAAAAAAGUGUCAAACAUACUCGCGCUGCAAUGCGCAAACAUGAUGCGCCAUGGAGCGCUGUGUUAUUGCAAAGGGGACAGCAUCUGGUCCAUGUAAUCGAUUCCACUGAUCGUUAACAUGUAUCCGACCACAUGGUUGGAUUGUGACUGACUUUUUCAAAAAGCCUUUAAAGAGUCAUUAUGUGUUUCUGUCCAAUUAAAUCAAAGCAUCUGUGAUUAA